CUUGAUUGAAUAAAAAAUUUGUAAAAACACCAAAAGAGCAAAAAAUAAAAAGUUAAAGGCACCAAAUUUGUAAUAUUUCCUUUAAAUAUUUCUGAUCCUUCAUCAUUUGUUGUCCGGAAACCUCAUUGACCUGGACUUGUCGCUAAAAAGAAAAAAACGCAAAGCGUAUGAGCAAAUAACUGAAUUGCAUUGCUUUGUGGCCAUGUCUGAUCUUCCAUGCAAUAAUCAACUCCACAACCAACCCCACAAUUUCUAUGGAUUUAAGCCCAGAUGUUGUUCAAUGGAUAUCUCUCUUCUCAAAAUGUAUCAGUACCAGAAACCUCAAACUCGGCUUGACCCUGCACUCUUUUCUCAUCAAAACAGCACUCAUAUGUAGCCCCUUUUUCUCCAAUCGUGUAAUGGACUUGUACUCCAAAUUCAACGUCAUUGAUAGUGCCCAGAAAGUCUUUGAUGAUAAUCCCAUUAAGAAUAUUCAUUCUUGGAACACUAUGAUUGGUGGUUACGCACGAGUGGGUUUAUUUGACAAUGCUCGCGACCUGUUUGAUAAAAUGCCUGAACCAAAUCUUAUUAGCUAUAAUUCACUUAUUUCAGGUUUGUCUCGUCAUGGCUUUUAUAAAGAAUCGAUUAAUAUUUUGAAAAGGAUUCAAAGAGAUUGUGGUUGUAUAUGUUUAGACGAGUUUACUGUGGUUAGCGUAGUUGGUUCUUGUGCUUGCUUAGGCUCAUUGGAUUUGUUACGUCAAGUGCAUGGAGCAGCAAUACUUAUUGGGUUGGAGUUCAAUGUGAUAGUUUACAACGCUUUAAUUGAUUCCUACGGAAAAUGUGGCCAACAUAAUACAUCUUAUUGUAUAUUCAGUCGAAUGUUUGAAAGGGAUGUCGUGUCAUGGACUUCAAUGGUUGACGCAUAUGCCCGGGCUUCUAGAAUGGAUGAUGCUUUUCGUCUUUUUAUGGAAAUGCCAGUUAAGAACACAGUGUCUUGGACUAGUUUGAUAGCUGGCUUCGCAAAAAAUGGGCAUAGUUAUAAAGCUUUGGAGCUUUUCCUGCAGAUGCAAGAAGAGAAUGUUCUGCCUAGUGCUUUUACAUUUGUUACUGUUUUAGGUGCUUGUGCAGAUCUAGCACUUAUCGAAAGAGGGAAACAGAUCCAUGGACACAUCAUCAGAAGCAGCGGUAGAACUGAUUUGUUCAACAUGUAUGUAUAUAAUGCAUUGAUUGACAUGUACUGCAAGUGUGGAGAUAUGAAGUCAUCGAAAUCAUUGUUUGAGGGUAUGUCAGAGAAGGAUAUUGUCUCUUGGAACUCAUUGAUAACAGGGCUUGCCCAAAAUGGACAUGCAGAGGAAUCACUCGACCUUUUCAGGAAGAUGGUAGAAGGAAACAGAUUGCCAAAUCAUGUCACAUUUUCUGGGGUGUUAUCUGCUUGUAGUCACACAGGUUUAGUUUCUGAAGGUCUUCAGAUCCUAGAUGCAAUGGAAAAGCGAUAUGGCAUAGUCCCAAAAUCAGAUCAUUAUUCAAUAUUGGUUGAUCUAUUGGGAAGGAAAAAUAGGCUGAAGGAAGCAACGGAGUUCAUAGAGAGAGCACCAAAUGGAUCAAUUCACAUUGGUAUGUGGGGUGCACUUUUAGGCGCUUGUCGAGUACAUGGGAAUUUAGAUCUUGCUAGCCGUGCAGCAGAAGUCCUGUUUGAGUUGGAACCUACUAAUGCUGCAAGAUACAUUAUGUUAUCCAACGUAUAUGCUGCAGCUAAUAGGUGGAGUGAAGUCCAUAGAGUGAGGAGGGUCAUGGGGGAGAGAGGUUUGAAGAAAGAGGCUGCUCAAAGUUGGAUUGAGGUGAGAAAUGAAGUACAUGAAUUUGUGGCCAGAGCCAGGGUCCAUCAUCAGAUGAAAGAGAUAAAUGAAAUUAUUGCUGUACUGGUUGAUCACAUGAAGGAAGCUGGAUAUCGACCCUGCACUAUGAACUCUUAAUUUCU